UUUUUCUUCGAACAAAACGGCGAAGAUGAUGACCUGUUCAGACGUGAGCCUGUUACUGGAAGUUGCCGAGUUAUGUGCUUUCAUCCCGAUCCAAACAUGACCCUUCCACUCAUGAGUGUUUCAGAGAUCACUCAGGUGAUCAGACAAUGGAAAGAAGAGCUGGUUGAUCUUGGAGAAAAGUUCAAUUGGGUCCAGAUAUUUGAAAACAAGGGGGACAUUAUGGGGUGCUCUAAUCCGCAUCCUCAUUGUCAAAUCUGGGCGUCGUCCUUCUUGCCAACUGAACCCAGGACCAAGGAUGAGCAGAUGAAGAAGUACUUUGAGAAGCAUCAGGAACCGAUGCUUGUUCGUUAUGUUGAGAAAGAAUUGCAGAAGAAGGAAAGAAUCGUUUUGGAAAACGACGAUUGGGUCGUCUUGGUUCCCUAUUGGGCCUUUUGGCCCUACGAAACAAUUGUGUUGCCAAAGAAGCCGGAAAGGAACAGUUGCAUAAAAAGGUUGACGGAUUUAAAAGAAGAUGAAGAAACUUCGUUGGCUGAUGCGAUGAAGCGUUUGACUGCGAAAUAUGACAAUUUAUUCAAGUGCUCGUUUCCUUAUUCAAUGGGCUUCCACGGCAUUGAACUGGACAGCAUUCACACGUUUUCGGAUCCCCAUUGGGCUGCCGAAAAGGCCACAGGCUUCUUUGUUGGCGGUGGGAACACGUUUUUGCUCCUCAAAAGGCUUUACGAGGCGGACAUCAUGGAUAUAAUUCGUCGUCGAGUCCUUCAGAACGGAAUUCCGUAUGUGGGAAGCAGUGCAGGGACGAAUGUGGCGACAGUGAGCAUUAAUACUACGAAUGACAUGCCGAUUGUUCAGCCACCGAGUUUCCAAGCCAUUGGAUUGGUACAUUUCAACAUUAAUCCGCACUACGUCGACCCUGAUUUGUCGUCCAAGCACAUGGGGGAGACGCGAGAGAAACGGAUUAGGCAAUAUCACGAAGUCCAGGAUACUCCACCAGUGUUGGGCAUGCGAGAGGGCAGCAUUUUGAGAAUCGAAGGCAACAAAAUCGAGCUGGAUGAACCCCCGCAGGAAUUCGCCCCAGGUUCGGACUUGAGUCAAAUUUUGCCGUCAGAAGCAGCGUUUGCCGAGAGCAACAACGAGAUGAAUUUGUGGUCAUAUUCGUUGUUCACGGCGGCGACGACGUCGUUCGUGUACAUCAUGGGGUAUUUUCGGUUCAGUCCCGCGUGGAUUCUCGCUGCUCUCGGCACUUCGUAUGUUUUCGAAAGAAAUCGUGAAAAGAGAAACUUUAAACUGAAGUUCAACCAGAUGUUGGCGACGACGGACGAAAAGGAGAUCAUUUCUAAAGUUUGGAAGGAACUUCCAGCAUGGGUGUUUUUUGCGGACAUGGAACGAGCUGAAUGGUUGAACAGAGUCAUCAGAAGGUUGUGGCCGUUCAUUGGACAUUUUGUCAAGAAAUUGCUUGAGAAGCAAAUUGAACCGCAGGUUGCGGAAACCCUCAAGUUCUACAAAAUCAAUAGUUUUCGGUUUGUCAAAACGAAUCUCGGCAACGUGCCUCCGAGAAUCGGUGGAGUGAAAACCUACGGACAAAAGACGGACCGGAAGGAAGUUGUGAUUGACAUGGAGAUCAUGUAUGCCGGAGACUGUGAGUUCGAAGCAGUUGCGAGUGGGAUGGCAUUUGGGAUAACAGAUGUUCAGCUGAAAGGAAUGAUGAGGGUUGUGCUUCAGCCGCUUUUGCGAGACAUGCCGAUUGUUGGGGGAGUUCAGGCAUUUUUCCUGCAACCCCCUUCCCUGGACUUCAACAUGACGAACAUUGCAAAUGUUUUGGAAAUGCCAGGAAUCAAGGACUACAUAAGGGAAACCGUCUUGCAACAGAUCAACGCCAUGAUAGUUGUGCCCAACAAAUAUGUCUUCAGUUUGUCUGACCAGGGAGCUUUAAGGGUUCUGAUCCUCGAAGCGAAAGAGUUGGAAAGGAAGGAUAUUGGAUUGCUGAAAAAGGGGAAGAGCGAUCCGUACGCCAAAAUUUCCAUUGGGGGUUUCUCGGAGAAGACGCAUAUUUUGGAGGACACGUUGGCCCCCGUGUGGAAUUACUGCUGCGAGUCGCCAACGUACGUUGGAACUGGGAAAACGAAAUUGGAGGUUGAAAUUUUCGACUACGACUCAAUUGGGCCCACGGAAACUGCCGAAGAGUUUCUAGGAAGGGCCGUUUUGGACAUGGCAACGUUGGCUGAGAAAGGAACUUACGAUGACUGGCUGAACCUUGAAGAUGUGAAGUCAGGAAAGCUUCAUUUGAAGGUCCAGUGGCUGAAUUUCUCCAACAAUGGUGCGGAUUUGCCAAUUGCGACCAAGAGUUUCCAACACAUGGAGCAUUCCAAAGGUCCCGGUCCUUCCUUGGCAGUCGUUUACGUGUACGUGGACUGCGCCAAGAAUUUACCCGGCGUCGGAGCGGCGAAAGUUGAGCCAGAAGCCAGAGUGAAAAUCUCAGUUGAAGGAAACACCGCGUUCACUGCUGCUUGCACUCGGGCCUUGGAUCCCGUGUGGGAAGAAACGCACUCGUUUUUCAUCAAAUCCGUGAACCAAGAUGUCACAUUUGAUGUGGAAGACAGGAGAACCGGGAAAAUUUUGGGCUCAGCAUCUGUGGCAAUAGCGAAGCUGUUGACUGAAGAAAAUCUGGAAUUAUUCCAAGUUCCGCUUCAAUUGAUUCGGAAAGACCUGAAGAAGAGUUCGUCUGCGACUGAAACCUGUCCUGAGAUUGUGGCAACACUGCGGAUGAGAUUGUUGAUGCCAGGAAACUUGGAUCAUGAGGCCCUAGAAUCCUUGACUCUUGCGGAUGACCACGAUGAAGAACUGAGGGACGAUGCAAAUGCGACUUUGUGCGAGACCAAAGAAAAGUCUCCGGAAAUUCCGCCGGAAUCUGUAUCACCGACUCGUGCGACAUCUGUUGUCCCUGUGCCUGUCCCAAAUGCCGCAGUUCCCAGUGUGAAAAAGAUAGAAGAGGUUCUACCCGAGAAAAAGAAUGAGCCCACAGAGAAACCCGCGAAUGUUGCAGUUCCAGCUGUCAAGCAACCUUCCGUGGACAGUCAGUUUGGAAUUGAGUCCUUGGUGAAGUCUGCCAUGGCACCCGUGUCUGCAACAACUGGCGACCUGAGGAAGAGGACGUCAAGCAGCGCUGGAACAAGCGGCCUUGGCAAGGUCCAGCUCAGUCUCCGCUAUGUGGCCCCCAAGUCCAAGCUUCUGGUGGUGCUUCAUAAAUGCGUGAAUUUGCCGAUGGAGCCAUCUGAUGAGAAUGAACUCCCAGACCCGUAUGCCAAAGUGAGCAUUUUGCCUGACCGUGUGGCCACGAAGCAGAAAACCACGCAUGUCAAGGACGACAGGAACCCAGUGUUUGACAUUUCGUUCGAAUUCAACGUUGGCAAGGCUGAACUUUGCGCGAGAACCCUGGAGGUCAUCAUAUUAUCCAAGAAGGGCAAAGUCGCGAAAUUGUUCCGGAAGUCUCCAGUUUUGGGACACAUCCGUGUUCCAUUGGGACAGCUGGAAACUGCUGUGGACCACAAGAUGAUUGCGGAGUGGUUUGACCUUUUGCCAGCUAUUGAUGACAUUGACGACUAAAUUGACGGCUCGAAACAAGGAACAAAACCUUUUCUCCUUCCAAUUCAUUGCGUCAGAUGAGAUAUUUCGCUUAAUAGUCUCAAAAGAAAAAUGAUAGGCUCUCAGUACCAAAGGAACGUUUUUCGUCGCUUUCACAGAUCUGGGAAAAGGAUCUGAAACUCGUUUGUGUCAUAUUUUACGAAAUGCCAAAAUCUUAGCCUAAGAAACUCAACUAGUAUUCUAAUGGCAUUUUUGUUUAUGAAUCGUUUGAGAAUCUUGACCUUAUUGCAACUAACGAGCUGUGUACGUAUUUGUGAACUGAGAGGUUCGAAUGAUGCCUUUCUUUUCUUGGGUGAUGGAUUUAAGUUUUUAAAAAUCUGUGGCCUUCAGUUUUGGUGUUAUAUAUUCAGCAGAUGAAAGUAUUCGUGAAAUUUGACUGUCGAUGAGGAAAAAUAACCGUGGAUAUAUUAUGUGUUACUAAUUUGAAGUGCGCUUUUUUGAGCAAGUAUCUUGACCAGAAAUGCUUUCCAAUUUUUUUUUUCUUGGACCCGAGAGGCAACUUUUGGAAGAUUCAGUGAUGUGAUUUUGAUUAAUUUUUUUCUUCGCCGAAGUGAGAUUUUUUGGAAACUCUUUGUUGUGUUCUGUAGUGCGCUCAAAACUGACCUGCUUUUUUUUUUUUUUUUUUUUUCAACAAAAACCCGAGCGUCAUUUAUUUGGAAAUUGCAUUCGUGAACAUCUUUUUUAUAUUCAGCGUGUUAGACAGUAAUAGGUGCUACGAAGUACAGUAUACGAAAUGCUGGAUUUUUCUUGAUAUACGUCCUUGUGAAACUUGAUGAAGAAAUUUUAGUUGCCGUCUUUCGAAGCUUGCUUGAAAAGUGAUGCGAACUUCUGAGUGAACUCUCGCCGUCCUGUAGGCAUCGAAAAAAAAAAUAUAUGUAUAACCAAUG